CCCAACAUUUAUUUUACUCAACCAAAUCCAAGUAUCCAACCAAACCUAUUAAUAAUAAUUAAAAAAAAAAAAAAAAAAAAAACUUCAAACCCACAGCCAUCACGCUAUUUCUAUAAAUACCCUUUUCCCACCCUCUUCCUUUUCAUUCAUCUUCCUCAUUCCUUCUGCAAAUCCUCUCAACUCACCGGUAGCUUUGAGUACGCACGCGAUAUAGCAAAAAGACUCAAAAGGAACAACAAUGGACUCCUUGCUUAAGAUGGGGGGACGUGUGGCUUCAAGGCUUUACGAUGCAAUGGGAUUGAAACCGAGACCUCAGUCUGAAUCCAUGUCAAAAUCCAAACAUGAUCAUGCGGAAGGUGGCUACACUACAACUGGUGAACCAGUUGCGGUUGCGGUUGAUCAAAGUUAUAUUUCUUGGUUGAGAGAACGCCCUUCGGCUCUUAGCUCGUUUAAUCGAAUGAUCAAUGUGGCAAAGGGGAAGCAAAUAGUCGUCUUCUUAGACUAUGAUGGUACAUUAUCACCCAUCGUGAGUGAUCCCGAGUGUGCCUUCAUGUCUGAUCAGAUGCGUGCAGCAGUACGUGACGUCUCUAAUUGCUUUCCAACAGCCAUUAUCAGUGGCAGGAGUCGCGAAAAGGUUUAUGAUUUUGUUAAGUUAGAUGGGGUGUACUACUCAGGGAGUCAUGGGAUGGAUACUAUAGGACCGGCCCAAAAAAAUAAUAAUUAUGAUAAAAACUAUCAACAAAGAAGCUUUGAUAAUGAGGGGAGGGAAUUCAUCGUCUUCCAACCCGCUCAAGAUUUUCUGCCUGCUGUUAAGAAGAUGUUAACUGAAGUUAAGGAAAGAACACAAAACAUACCAGGUGUGGCAAUCGAGGAUAAUAGGUUUUGUCUUUCUGUUCACUACCGCCAUGUUAAGGACGAGGAUUAUGGAAGACUUGAAAAACAAGUCAACUUGAUGCUUGCGGACCAUGCGGAUUUUCACUUGACAAGGGGCAAAAAGGUGUUGGAGAUUCGCCCGUCGAUUAAAUGGAACAAAGGGGAUGCUCUCAAGUAUUUACUCGAAACUUUAGGCUUUCACGACUCUGGUGAUGUCUUCCCGAUAUACAUAGGAGAUGAUAAAACAGACGAAGACGCUUUCAAGGUUUUAAGGGAAAGAGGCGAAGGAUAUCCGAUAAUAGUAUCAUCGGCACCAAGAGACACAGUGGCUUUGUACUCGCUUCACAAUCCAUCGGAGGUACAAUUGUUCUUGACCCGUUUAAGCAAAUGGGGUUCUGACAAUGCCGCCACCACCCAUCGCCAGUAAAAACCGCCCUUCGGCUUUGUGUUGGCUUCUUGUACAUAUACAUAUAUAAUCAAGUAUAUAUAUAUGAUAUGCCAGCAACCCCCAUGAGAAAGGAAAGUAGAAUCCUCAAAGUUAGUGAUGGCACCAGCAGGACCCUCUUUUUAUGGUCUUCACUUGUGUGCUGCUUUUCCUUAGUUUCUUAAGCUUAUGUUAUUUUCUUUUUAAGAAAAAAAAUCCAACCAUGUAACUACAACUAUUGUCAUGGUUAUGUCUUUUAGAUAAAAGUUAUUAUACAUAGCUAUGUCCUCUACAACCUUUUUAAUGUUGUCGGUAAUGCCAAUCCCAUACCCUCGAUUACAAAA